AUGGCUGCUACCAGUUACAAGUUCGAGGGCUGGAUGGGCCUUGACGCCAAGGCUGCCGAAGGCAACAUGGUGUGGAAGGAAUUCGAGCCUAAGCCUUGGGAAGAAACCGACAUCGAUAUCAAGAUAACACACUCUGGUAUUUGCGGAUCGGACCUACACACUCUCAAAAGUGGAUGGGGUCCUACCGUAUACCCCUGCUGCGUCGGUCACGAAAUUGUCGGUAUCGCGGUGCGCGUAGGCUCGAAGACCGAAGGAAAUAUCAAGGUUGGGGACCGCGUCGGUGUCGGCGCGCAGAAUGACUCUUGCCAGGGUCGGAAGGGUGAUUGCGAGGCAUGCGCCUCUGGUCUCGAGCAAUAUUGCCCGAAUACUAUGGUGGGAACGUACAAUAGCGUUCAUUUAAAUGGUGGCAACUCAUAUGGUGGAUAUGCUUUGUACCACCGUGCACCCUCGCAUUUUGUUAUUAAGAUCCCCAAUACUAUCCCCCCGGCUAUCGCUGCGCCCAUGCUGUGCGGUGGUAUCACUACCUACUCACCUUUGCGUCACAAUGGAUGUGGGCCCGGAAAGACGGUCGGUAUUAUUGGUGUUGGUGGUCUAGGCCACUUUGGUAUUAUGUUUGCCAAGGCCCUGGGUGCUGAUCGGGUGGUUGCCAUCUCUCGCAAGGCCAACAAGAGGGAAGAUGCUCUUAAGCUUGGAGCAGACGCUUAUAUUGCUACCGAUGAUAACAAGAACUGGGCUAAGGACAACUCACGAUCCUUAGACCUGAUUGUUUCGACUGUCUCCUCGUCUAAGAUGCCCAUUAUUGAUUACAUUUCCCUCCUGAAAACCAAUGGAUCUUUCGUUCAACUCGGCGCCCCGGAGGACGGUGCUCUCUCCAUUCCGGCUUUUUCCCUGAUUAUGAAGAGAGUCAAAUUCGGUGGUUCGCUGAUUGGGAGUCCUAGUGAGAUCCGCGAAAUGCUGCAGCUGGCUGCUGAGAAGAAUGUCCGGACCUGGGUUGAGGAACGUUCAAUGAAGGAUGCCAACCAAGCUAUCGUGGACAUGGGUGUGGGCAAGGCCCGAUACCGCUAUGUGCUUGUCAAUGAGCAGUAG